AUGUCAUUCUUCAAGAAGCUCGGCGCCGAAUUCGAGUCCUUCCUGGGCGACAAGGACGAAAAGAAAGAAAAGAAAGUAGACAAGCACAGCGAGGCCACCCGCAGCGCCGACCAAUACGGAUACCCCGCGCAGCAGGCACCCUCAUAUAGCGCACCCCCUGCCCACAACCCGUACGGCGUCCCUCCUCCGCACUCAGGGUACGGCGCCCCUCCCAUGCCCCAGCAGUACUACGACCAGAGCCAGGGCCACGCCGCCCCAUCGUACGGCCACGACGGGCAGGCGUACUAUGCGCCGCCUCCGUUCCCACCCCCGGUGCCGGGACCGUCGCAGUGCCCGCCGGGAUUCGUCGCGAGGUUCGAUGAGAACUAUAAGACAUGGUACUACGUGAACGAGCACACUAGGGUAUCGCAAUGGCAUCACCCCAGUGUCGGCGCCGGCGUCAUCUCAGGUGACCGCGGAGUAGAAAGCCACGGCGCCCCCCACGGCUACUACGCCGCGCCCCCUCACGACCCACACAGCGGCGGCCACGGGUACGACGCACAUAGCGGCGGCCACGGCCACGACUCGCACGGCGGUCACGGCUACGACGGCCACUACGAAGAGCACAAGGAGAAGAAGGACAAGAAGGACAAGAAGAAGGACAGCGGCAACACGGAUAUGCUGGUUGCUGGUGCGGCCGGUCUGGUUAUCGGUGGUGCUGCCGGUGCGCUGAUUGCGCAUGAGAUGACGGAGGACGAUAACGAGGAGGCUGCUGAGAGGGCUGCUGAGGCGGUUGAGGAGGCGCAGGAGGAGGAGCAUGAGUCCUCGUCGGAUGAGGAAGAGGAGGAGGAUUGA